AUGGCCAUUGAAGCUUAUUUAUCCGUAGAGGAAUCAAUUGGUAGCAUGCUUGCUCAAAAUAAUGAACUUGGAAAGGAACAAGCUGUUUACUAUUUAAGCAGAGUACUAACAGAUGUUGAAUGCAGAUAUUCUUCAAUUGAGAAAUUUUGUUUAUCUUUGUAUUAUUCAGCCAUGAAAUUAAGAGUUUAUAUGUGGCCGGUUUAUGUUUACAUUCUUUGUCAAACUAAUAUGAUUAAAUAUAUGCUAUCAAGGCCAUUGAUCACUGGUCGAAUAGUUAAAGGAAAGGUUCUGGCUGAUUUCUUGGCCGAUCAUCCUUCAACUGAUCUUAAUCCACAGGUGUAUGAUGAAUUAGAGUCUUUAGCCGUAUUCCUAACCCCUUGGACAUUGAUGUUCGAUGGAUCAAGCAAGGUCGAUGGAGCAGGGGCCGAAUAUGAAGCACUUAUAAUCGGCCUAAAAAUUUUAAUUGAAAUGGCUGUUGGUGAUGUGAAAAUUUUGGGAGAUUCAAACUUGGUACUUAGUCAAAUUACUGAAGAUUUCAAAUGUUUAAGUUGGCAAUCAAGGCCGUUUCAUUCUCUGGUCACUUCACUAAUUAAUCAAUUUGAUAAUGUUCAACUUAAGUUUUGGCUGAGAAUACAAAAUGAGGAGGCCAAUAAUAUGGCCCAAGCAGCCUCUGGAAUAAGAGUACCAGCCGGAGUUAAAGAUCAAUUGAUAAAGAUAACACGAAGAUCAUUGCCAUCGGCCGAAAUAAGAAAUACUGAGAUGGUUGAUUCUUGGGUAAUUGAUAUAGAAGAUCUGACCGAUGAUGACUGGAGGAUACCAUUCAUAAUGUUUCUCUGA